GCGCUCCGCACAUAGUAAGCCCUUAACAAAUACCACCAUUAUUAUUCAUCGAUCAAUGGAUGUGAUUGAUCGGCUCGCAACCCAAGAGGCCCGAGGAGCGACCCAGUGACGCUUUUCGUAGACAAUAGCGGAUUUCAUUUUAAAAGACAAGUCCGGGGUCGAGCGGCGACCGUUCGUUCUUAACCAUCAGUGGCCCGAGGACGGUCCUAAUGGCUUCUUUCUGAAGCCGGGGGACGAGAAGACCGAGGGAUCGUCACUCGGCCAAGAAAGUUGGGUUUCCCCAGGAGAGGAGGAGGCGGCGUCAUCCUCCCCGGGCGGACCCAGGACCCUUCCAACCCCGCCCCGUCCCGCCUUGGCCGUCGGAGCCCCAGCCGCCCCAUGGAGCCGUCGGGGAGCAACGGCAGCUGUCACAACGGUUCCCUGCUCACCUUGCACUGCUCCUCCCAGCAGGUCCUGUGCCAGAUCAUCGGGGAGCUGGGUCUAGAAGCCUCCGACAAUGCCACCUCGAGCAGCUGGCAGGAGAAGGCCAAAAGGAAUUAUGGCUUUUUCAUUGGACUGGGAUUGGCUGUCUUCUCCAGCUUCCUUAUUGGCAGCAGUGUCAUCCUCAAGAAGAAAGGGCUCUUGCGACUGGUGGCUAAGGGGGCCACCAGGGCAGUCGAUGGAGGAUACGGCUACCUCAAGGACAGCAUGUGGUGGGCUGGACUCCUCACUAUGGCUGCAGGAGAAGCUGCAAACUUUGGUGCCUAUGCGUUUGCUCCCGCGACGGUCGUCACUCCCCUGGGAGCCCUAAGUGUGCUCAUAAGUGCCAUCCUGUCCUCCUAUUUCCUGGGUGAGGGACUCAAUCUGCUGGGGAAGCUGGGCUGUGCCAUCUGCGUGGCAGGCAGCACCGUGAUGGUGAUCCAUGCCCCUGAGGAGGAGAUGGUCACAACCCUAGAUGAAAUGGUUUCCAAGCUGAAGGACACAGGCUACAUCGUCUUUGCGGUUCUCAACCUGGUGACCUGCCUCAUCCUCAUCUUUUUUAUCGCCCCCCGCUACGGCCAAAAGAACAUCCUCAUUUACAUCAUCAUCUGCUCUGGGAUCGGGGCCUUUUCCGUGUCUGCCGUCAAAGGCUUGGGGAUUGCCAUCAAGGGUUUCUUCCAGCACCAGCCUGUUCUACAGCAUCCCCUCAGCUAUAUCCUCGUCCUCAUCUUGGCAGCUUCCCUCAGCACUCAGGUUAAUUUCCUCAACCGGGCCUUGGACGUCUUCAACACCUCCUUGGUGUUCCCCAUUUACUAUGUGUUCUUCACUACCAUGGUCAUCACCUCCUCCAUCAUACUCUUCAAGGAGUGGACCACCAUGACUGCGAUGAACGUCGUGGGCACCAUAUCUGGCUUUGUCACCAUCAUCCUUGGGGUCUUCCUACUCCACGCUUUCAAAGACCUCAGUAUCAGCUGGUCCAAUCUGCCCCACACGCACACCGACCCAACCCCUCCUCCGGACCCAGAACCCAUUGUGAUCAAACUGGAAGACAAAGGCAUCCUGGUGGACAAUAUGGAAAUGCCUAUUCCUUUGCCUGAGGAGAAACCCAAAGUAUAUAUCGUCAAUGGCUAGAACUUGAACUGGAGCCCUAAGGGUGAACCCACGGGGCCACCCUGGUCGAUACUAACUGCGUAGCGGCGUGGGUAGGUCCAACAGUGAUUUUUAAUGUGUGUUUUCAAUUCCUGAUCCAACUAUGUGAUGUCCUUCUGUGUGUGUUGGUGUGUGGGUGAGGAGCACACUUAUACCUCCUAUAUCCUGGCAAGCUAAAAUGGCAUCCCUUGGAGGAAGACGUCCAGACCAUGACCUGCUGGAAAUGAAGACCUUCAGGCAGACCUUGCUUCCAAACAAUGCACUCAAUGCCGAUUCUGGACCCCCAGGACAGAAUUUGACCCUUUGAAUGUAGCUGACUCCCUGCCAUCCUAAGAAGCAUUCCAGCAGGGGGUCUGUCCGCUAAACUUAAGCCUGCAAGCCAUCGCAGGACAGAAGUGCGCCGGACUCUGGGAGUUCGGGGAAGAGCUUCCAUCUCCCCGUAGCGCACUCUCAGAACCUCUGCACGAUUUCUCACUGUGAAUGACUCCCAUUGUCUCAGGAAAAAACCCUCGGAUUACAGCUUCGUUGUUGUUGGACAUCAGCUUGUCUGUCUCUCUCUAGGCAUUUUGAGGUGCCAGUCACCAGAGGACCGAGGAGGGCAGACGGGGAUUUAGAAUACCAACAAAGGGCUUUUCACAGAAUCCCUCUGCCACAGGGCGGUUCUCCGCUCUUGAAUCGCUGGGCCUCGCCUCAUCUCAUUAGAAAGAGGAAGGCAGCUGUUCCAGGCUGCUAUGGUUGAAAAAUGUUUUUGCUUCUGAUCUGGAUCUGGCAGUGUGUAUUGUUUCCUUUUCUCCUCUUUAAAAACCAAACAGAUCUCUCCCCACCACUUUCUUGGUCAGCUAAUAGGAAAAACAUUUUCAGAUGCU